UUCAGUAAUGCAAAGCGGAAGUGGAAACGGUGCAAGUUCUGAUUUGUUCAGUGGUUAUGAGCAGCAUCCGCCACCUCCAGGUUCACGUCUGGCGCAGUAUUUGCAUGGAAACAGCACCCAGCAAGCACCUCGACCUUCUAAUUGGGCUAACCGGAUGCCACCAAAUCAGGCGACCAUGGCGGGUCCUUAUACCUUCAGCAAUCAUCCUACUUCGCAUUCUAGCAAUCUGCCGCACUUUACAUCAUCUUUUGCUGCAAUGGGGUUGAGUGAUGAAAAAGAAAAUCCAUCAUUAUCGUCUCUGUCUUACGGUUUUCCAACAUCCUCGCAACGAUCGCUUAACUACUCUAAUGUAACACAAGCUUUGACUGUCUCUCCGAUAAUGCACGAUCCAAUGAGACCAAGCAGUCACAUAAGUCAAGAAAAUUGUGGUUCAACUACUGCAAACUAUAUGCAAGAAAAUUUCGGUGGGACAACCUAUUUCUUCACACCAACUACAACAAAUUCCACUAUUGCUGAUGGGCAGUCAUCUGUUCCACAGAAAGACGAUCGUGUAUAUGUGACAACAAAUGGUAAUUUUGUGUAUCAUGGUCCAUUACCACAUAUUGGCAAGUAUAAACCACCACGAGGACUUUCAUAUUUCACACCACCUGAACUAAAAAUGGAGCUGUUGCAACGACAACUUGCUAUACAGUGUCGCGCAGAACCAUUACUUUAUCCUGAUAUCCCACAAAAUGUCGAGUAUUUCCAGAAUCUGGUUCCACUUGAAAAUGUCAAAUUUGUGGGUGGUCAUAUGGAACGGGGAAUCAUCGGGUCACACAUCACAACAGUCUAUAAAGCAAUCAAUGGACGCGACGGGAUGCCUUAUUGUUUAAGGCGAAUUCAUAAUUUUCGAGUGAAUGCAAUGAAACAGCUAUCAUUAGCUGAUAACUGGAAAAAAUUAAUGCAUGUAAACGUUGUGCAACUAAGAGAUGUUAUACAGACUCGUCAGUUUGGCGAUCACUCGCUGCUUUUUGCCUAUGAUUAUCACCCGCUCUCGGAAACGUUGAAAAAUCGGCAUCUAAAUCGACUCAAUGGUUCUUCAAAAUUAGGACCAAUUGCAAAUCUCCCUGGAAGCGGUCCGGUGGUGCAAGAAUCUUUGAUGUGGUCCUAUAUUGUGCAACUUUCAUCAGCCCUUAGAGCUAUACACUCCGCUGGUAUGGCUGCACGAACUGUUGACCCAUCCAAAAUCAUUGUUUUCGAUAAAACCAAAGUGAUGUUGAGCAGCUGCGGCAUUCUAGAUGUCAUCAAUCCUGGGAGUGACCAUACAAUACAAUUAUACCAGCAAGAUGAUCUGAAUGGUCUUGGUCGUGUGCUGAUUGCAUUAGCAAUGGGUUCUCUGCAUGCUACACGUCGUGAAAAUAUCAGCAAUAGCAUGAGUAUUAUCAAUCAGCAGUGUACCACCGACUUAAAGAAUAUUAUUACACUUUUGUUGCAAGCUUCAACUCAGCGCCCACAUUCUAUCAAUGAAGUGAUGCCAAUGAUUGGUGCUCGUUUCUAUGCACAGCUUGAAACAACUCAAAUGAAGAAUGACCUUCUGGAAAACGAAUUAUCGAAAGAAUUGGAAAAUGGACGUUUGUUUCGACUGUUAUGCAAAUUAAAUACUAUAACUGAACGAGCAGAGUUUCAAAUGGAUAUGUCAUGGAGCGAAACGGGUGACCGGUAUUUGUUGAAGCUAUUCCGAGAUUAUUUGUUUCAUCAAAUAACUGAAACUGGUAAACCGUGGAUCGAUAUGGCACAUAUUGUCACUUCCCUGAAUAAGCUAGACGCUGGUGUUAACGAGAAAAUUCAGUUAGUUUCACGUGAUGGUGAAAAUGUGCUUGUGGUAUCGUACACAGAUUUACGACGAUGUCUGGAAAAUGCUUUCAGUGAGCUGCAAAAUCGGCCACCAUCAAUACCGAAUCCACUAUUGCCAGUAGUUGGUCAUCCCUAACUCUUGUUUAAAG